GGCCCUAUCUCAAUUAACUUGACGAUAUAACAUUGUUUUGUCAGUUGCUCUCCAGUCCAACGGGUGGCGUUAUCGGACACAUUCACCAAAACAUUACUGUCAAGACCUUCGUCGAGUAAUACGCAUCAUGCACAGAAGAGGAGUCGGAGCUGGAGCGAUCGCCAAAAAGAAACUUGCAGAGGCAAAGUAUAAAGAGAGAGGGACUGUCCUUGCUGAGGAUCAGAUUGCACAGAUGUCAAAACAACUGGAAACCUUUAAGACCCAUUUGGAAGAGUUUGCCAGCAAGCAUAAACAAGAAAUCCGUAAGAGCUCUCAGUUCAGGGUGCAGUUUCAAGAGAUGUGCGCCACCAUAGGGGUUGAUCCACUUGCAUCUGGAAAAGGAUUUUGGUCUGAGAUGCUUGGAGUUGGAGAUUUCUACUAUGAGCUUGGCGUACAGAUCAUUGAAGUCUGUUUGGCCCUAAAACACAGAAACGGCGGUCUCAUCACACUGGAUGAACUUCACCACCGUGUCUUGAAAGGAAGAGGGAAGUUUGCACAAGAUGUGAGCCAGGAUGACUUGGUGCGGGCCAUCAAGAAGCUCAAGGCUAUGGGAAAUGGCUUCGGGAUGAUUCCCGUCGGAGGCUCUUAUCUAGUCCAGUCGGUCCCAGCAGAGCUCAACAUGGAUCACACUGUCGUCCUUCAGCUAGCAGAGAAAAAGGGCUACGUGACAGUGAGCGAGAUCAGAGACAGCCUCAAGUGGGAGAGAGAGCGGGCCUGUCACGUUCUUGAUCACCUGCUGAAAGAAGGCUUAGCGUGGCUGGACUCCCAAGCUGCGGGGGAGCCACAGUACUGGCUGCCUGCUCUGUUCUCGGAGCUGCUAUCGCGAGACGUUACGCCUGAGGAGGCCAACCAAAUGACACCUUGAGAAUAAGACAUUAUUUUGUAAAUACACAGUCGUGGGGAAACAUAUAGAGGUGAAUGUCAAAGAAUGUCACGAUGUUGCAAGUCAAGCUUGUUUGAGAGGAAAAGGUGAAAAUGGAGAAUAAAACAUCUAUUUAGUCACA